UAUAAGGAAGUGACUUUGCACUCCUACAGCAGUCUGUCUGUUUGUUGGCGUGAGUGUGUGUGUGACAUUUGGAAGCAUGAGGACCUUCGUGUUGUUGAUGUGCCUUGCAGUGGGCUGCCUGGCUCAGGCACCUCAUCCGUGCAGGUCUCCCCCUCUUCUGACAGGAGCCAUGUCAGUGGCAAAUGAGAAGGUAAAUGCAUAUGCAAAAUAUGACUAUGAUGCGUUAGGCGAGCGUAUUCGCUUCAAGGAGAUAGGAUCUUAUGAGAACAAGACAUUCGGCCUGGAUGCCCUUCUGCUCUUCAGAGAGGGCGUCAUGUAUACGAUUAACCACAAGAACCGUACAUGUAAGAAGGAGAGGCUGAAUAAGGAGGACUUCCACCCCAUGGAGAUCCCUGCAGAUGCUGCUCUGCUGGGGCAGGUGAUCCUAGGGAGCUCCUCUGGUCCAGGACAGGGUCUGCUGGUCAACACCUGGUAUGGAGAACGUGCAACACCAACUGGUGGUAAAGACAAGUGGUUGAGCACCUUCACUGAGUUUGGCUGCAUACCUGUCAGCACUACAUACUACACGGACAAGACUGGCUGGGUGCUUACAACCUUCUUCAACAUUGUUGUUGGGAUCGAUGACCCCCAGCAGUUCUUCCCUCCUAAGUUCUGUCAGGGCGCUAAACUGGAUGCGACUGCAGAUGCAGCCAACUUCUACAGCAUUUUUAAAAACAUAAACUAACGGACCAGGUCUUUCAUUUUCUUUUCUUAUGAGAUUUUCACAACUAUUGCUUAUUUUUAACCUGUGAUAAAUGUUUUAAUGAAUUUAUAAAUAAUUAUAAAAAGGGAUAACUCAUUAAUGUAUAAGAAAAGGGUUAAACCAUGAAUUAGAAAAAAAUUCCAGUACUGACCAUGUAACAUAUGUAAACAUUUUACCUUUGACAAAUGUUAAUUGCUUCCCUUACUACAUAUAGGCCUUGGAAAUGUAAACUUGCACUGUGAACUGUCCUUCUGAAUAAAAUGUCAAGUCUA